AUGGACGGCGAUGACGACGACGACGACGCGUCUUCUCCUCGAGAGGAGGAUGCAAAGGAAAAGGUGGAGGAUACGGAGGAACGAAAAACGCUCGAAAAAUGGCGACACUCGUCGCUGCAUCCCGAGGAAACGAGAGCCAGUCGAUGGGCGUCGAAAUUACUCUUUAACGCGGAAGUCGUUACGACGAACACUAUGAAGAAGGACCCCGAACACUUCCAAAAACUACUCGAACGCGCUCGAAUUGAACCGACGAAAACAACUCUGGAAACGUUAUCGCAAAUCGAGAAGGAUUUACCGAGAAGUGGACACACGUUCGAGAAGUGCGGGCUGAGCAUACCCGGGGACAAGAUGUGGAAUUCGUUGAAACACGUACUGUUGGCGUUCGCCCAACACGAUCCCGCGACGGGGUACGUGCAAUCGAUGAACUUUAUUUGCGCGUUUUUUUUGCUCUCUGGGAUGGACGAGGAGAGCGCGUUUUGGUGCUUAGAUGGUUUGGUGAAUAGAAUCGUACCUGGAUACUUUACCGAAGGGAUGGCGAAAGCGAUGGAGGACCAGCGGGUGUUUUCGAGAGUCGUGAAUAAGAUUGAACCGGAGUUGGGGGUACACUUGGACGCGUUAGGCGCGGAUAACAUCGUCAGCGCGAUUACGAGUUCGCAGUGGUUGUUGACGUUGUUCGUGAACGUGCUGCCGACGCGGUGUACGUUUCGAGUUUGGGAUCGGGUUAUCGAGAGCGGGCAUCGCGCGCCGUUGUUCGCGGCGAGUUGCGCGUUGUUGGGCGGGGUCGAUGCAAAAAAGAGGUUGUUGGAAGCGACGGAAAUGGGUGAGGCGGUAGAGCGAUUGCAGAAUUUAGGGAAAGAAGUUGGUAAGGACGAAGAGAGCAUGGUGAACUUUGAGUCGAGGUUUGAUCGUUUGUGCGAACGCAUCGACGGUACGUUCAUCGAAGUCGUCGAGGCGGAGGUAUUGGAAGAGGAAGGCGACGUGACGACGUGUUUGAAACGCGAAAGGGAGGAAGUUUUUCAGAAAGUGUGUUCUGAAGACGUCAUUUUAGCGAUGGAGAUUUGUAAGAAACAGCACAGAGAGAAGACGAACAGUAGUAGGAAUAGCACCGAAGGGGAGAACAACGAAAACACGUUGAAGUUGGAGAAGAAUAAGAUUCUCGGGAAGACAACCGUCGCUUCGUUCUCGCAGGUUUUGUUUGAUGAUUUGAGCGUCGUGCAAGCGGCGACGGAACAAGAGGAGGAGGAAGAGCUCGUGGACGACUUGGAGUCGCUCGAUGGUGAUUUGGUUUCCGACGACGAUAGCGAUGACAGAAAUAAGAACAAGAACGCCGAGGAAGAUGUGAAUGCGUCUUCGAAAGAAGAAGAUGCCGAUAUGAAUGAUGAUUUUGAUGGAAAAGGUAGUCGAAACGAGAGCAAACAAAAAGAGCGAAAGCAAGAACUCACCGAAGAUGAAAUCCCGCCUAAAGCUGGCAUUGCCAUAGAUGCAAGCGUCGCGGUUAUCGAAUGUAUCUUGAGUCUCGAGCGCGAACUGCGCGUGUGUAUUUCCGAUACCGCCUCGCGCGGUAUCGCGCAGCUCACCACCGAAGCGGCGCUGGUAUCCGUGCGCGCGAUUUCGUCCUCCGAUCUCGCCGUGCAACGAGAAACGUUGGUUGAAGAAUUGAGAAAUUUUCGCGAAGGAUACGAAGAAUGUUUGAAAAGAGACGCGUUGGAUUUGUCGAAAGUACAAGUUGAUAGACAAGCGUUGGCGUGGUUAAACGUAACGCUCGAACGCGGCGAAAGAGUCUUGUUUCAAAUGGGCGUAGUAAAGAAAGUCUUACAGAAUAUCUUGACGAGAAUGAAACUCGUGGAGAGUAAUAGUGAUGCUUUUACUGCUCAUCUCACGGCUACUGGUUCAGAUAUGAGCACGCCAAUACCAAUCAACAAGUCGGUUGUCGAAAAGGAGUCAUCGCCUGCGUCUUUACAGCGCCGCGUAGGAUUUAGCGCUUCGCCUCCGACGACAACAACAUUCAAUUCUGCUGGAAGAGCGAGCAUGGAUAGCACGAAUAGCAGAGACACGAACACAAAUAAUUACAACAACAACAACAACGAUUGGGAAGACAUCGAGAAGAGUGAACUGAAUCAAAUUAUCGAAGCCGAGAAGAUUGAGCUCAUCGACCCGAAAGAGGUCGAUGAGACGAAACUCGAAAACGAUAGAGUCUUUGCGCAAGAUAUUAAACACCUCCAAAGACUGGUCGAAAAAACAAAAGAUAACGCGCGAAUAGAUUUAGAAACGCUUCGUUCUUUUUACGAAGUAAAGAAAUCAACAUUUUCACAGGAAGACGUUCGGGGUAAAACGGCGAUUGAAAACUGGAGCGAGUUUGCGCGGAAAUCAAGACGCGAAAGAGACGCGACGUGCGGGAAGAAAAUUGCCGCCGGGGUGGAAACGCUGGUCGCGCCUUGGGAACAGAGCAAACGCGAAGCCGAUGAAACGAUUGUUAAUGACGCGUUAGAUGGCGACAUCGAAAAGAAUCUGGACGCGAUGGAAGAAGCGACGAAACUCACCGACGAGAUUGAAAAAGAAGAUCAUCGGUUGCACGCCGCGCGGUCGACGAUGAAUGCGAUCGACGCGAUGAUUUCCAGACGCGCGCAAGCGUUAGAGCGCGAAAUAGAAUUGUUCGGACGCGUAAAGGAUAUACAAGCGGCGCGGUCGAGAUUGCGUCACUCUUUGUUAAACGAAAUCAAACUCGCCAGAGAGGACAUUGAGCUCGUCUUGAACUCGCGAUUAGACGCGAAUCAUUUCCAGAAAUCUAUCGACGAUAGUUUAGAGAAGUGCAAAAGGAUUCAAUCGAUAAGUGAGACCGCUGUGAAAACCCUUCUUCUCGCUUGGACUACGUUCAUCGAAAAGACGACCGUUGAAGUAGCCAUGCACUGCGUCUCUGUCGUCGAUGCCUCGGUCGAAGUUGCAAAUUCCGUCGCUCAGCGGCUGAACGCUGAAAUUAAAGAAGUCUUGAGAGAACAACAGAAACAACGCGAAUUGGACGCCGCCAAGAACGCCGCCGCUGGAAAAGAGUACGAAGAUAGCCCAAUACAGCGCCAAACAAAUAAAGCAUCUGGCUUCCUCGCGAGUAAAAUGGAAUCCUUGAACGCUUCGUUGGAAGGUUCGAGAUUGGCGCAAAAUUUUUCAAAGUUUAAGCAACGCGCCAACGAAAAGGCGUCUGAGUUUGUGCAACAAGUCAACGCGAGCGGCGACUUAUCCAGACAAACGAGCACGGAGGAUUCAAUCAUGGGCUACGAAAACAACUCCAACGAUUCUUUGACGGGAACCCCAACGGUGUCCACGCCCACGUUGCUCGCGAAGAUGAUGUCCAACGCCACCGGCACUCCGAGAGAAUCGAAACAUUUGGUCAAGUUGAAAGAGGAAGCCGCCAGGGUCGAGCAAAGAAACCAAAGGUUGAUGGAAACGAAACGUUCGCUGAGAGAGCUGCUGAUGAAGCAUUAG